CACUGAAGGUCAGCAAACGGCAUUCGGCUGCAGCGAUCGACGCGUGGUUGUGGUGGGAUUGCGAUCGACGAUCGCGAGACGCAGCGAAAGUGCGCUCCAGCUCCAGCUCAGCAGCCACAGUAGUUCAGUGGCAGUCGUCUCUGAUAGUGCGACCAGUGUGGAACAAGGUGGAACAAGUGGUGUGCCCCAGAUGCAGCACUAGGAAUCGAUCCGUUGUCGGACGCCAGAACAAAACCACGAGCCGUUGUUGGCGUUAAGUUUUGGCGAAAGUGUUGGCAAAGUAGCUCCCUUCUCUCGUUUGCAUCAUUGCGAUCGCCAUCGCCGGUAGCGGCUCCUAACUACUUGCCUGCUUGCCAGUAGCCCUUUCUAUUCAUCGCCAUCAUCGCCAUCAUCGUUAGCAGCAGCAGCAGCAGCAGUAGCAAAAUGUCGUCCAGUGUGAGGUUCGCAUCGAACCGUCUGCUCCUAAUGCUGCUAAGUGGCCUAUUGUUCGUCCUAAUCUGUGAUAUUGAUCGUGUGCUGGGAGCGUCGGUAUACAAAUCACCCAAUCUCGACGAUGCACGCCACUGGAAGCGAUCGGCGGAGAACUACCUGAAGCAGGUACUAUCGUACGAUGAAAACCGUCGCAUGAAACCGUCGGUGGCCAAGAAUGUCAUCAUCUUCGUCGGUGACGGUAUGGGCAUCGCCUCCCUCUCAACCGGCCGCAUCUUCAAGGGACAACGAGCGGGCCGUUCCGGUGAGGAGGAACAGCUAAGCUUCGAUACCUUUCCGAACACGGGCAUGUCCAAGACGUACAACACCGACCGGCAGGUACCGGAUUCGGCCGGUACGGCGACGGCCAUGUUUUCUGGCAUUAAAACGCGAUCCGGUGUGGUGGGUGCCGAUUACACGAUCACCGAAACGAACCUAGAGGCAGCCAAGGUGCCAUCGUUCAUGGAGUGGGCCCAAGCGGAGGGCAAACGGACGGGCAUUGUGACGACGACGCGCAUUACGCACGCCACACCGGCCGCCUGCUAUGCGCACUCGAUCAAUCGGAACUACGAGUGUGGCGCCAAGAUUCCGGUGGGGAUGAAGAGCCGCAUUAAGGACAUCGCCCGGCAGCUGGUUGAGGAUGAACCGGGAAAGAGUAUGAACGUGAUUCUGGGUGGUGGAAGGAACUGUUUCGGUGCACCCGUACCGGACCAUCUGAAGACGGAGUAUCGGUUCAAUGGUGCGAUGGAGAAGACGUGCCUGCGGACGGAUGGUCGUAAUCUGGUGGAUGAUUGGCGGGUGCUGAAGAACGGCACAAACGCCCAGUACGUCUGGAAGACAGAGGAUCUACGGGACGUUGUGUUGGAUGAGGUAGAUCAUCUGCUCGGUUUGUUUGCUGACGAUCACAUGAGCUACGAUACGAUCCGGAACCGUGGGGACGAUGGAGAACCGUCGCUCAGUGAGAUGACGGAGGCGGCCAUACGGGUUCUGCAGCGUCCUGGUAGUGCCGGAUUUGUGCUGAUGGUUGAGGGAGGACGGAUUGAUCAUGCGCACCACCAGAAUCACGCCCAUCUUGCGCUGGCCGAAGUGGUGGAGUUGGACAAGGCGGUCGAGACGGCCCUCAAGUUGGUGGAUCUGGAUGAAACGCUUAUCAUCGUGACGGCCGAUCACUCCCAUGCGAUGACAUUCAAUGGCUAUCCGGACCGGGGCAAUGAUAUUCUAGGAUUCGGGAAUCGACCUAACGCGACACCCUACGAAACCAUAACCUACGCCAAUGGGCCCGGAUUUCUGCAGCACCGCUGGAACGAUACGCUGCUGACGGAGGACGCCGAUUGGGCUACCUGGGUGAAAGUGGGCCAGCUCAAUCGUUCCGAAAUCACCUACCGACAUUUGGCCGCCUUCCCGCUCGGUGAUGAGACGCACGGUGGUGAGGAUGUGGCCGUGUUUGCGUCCGGUCCCGGUGCCAGCCUGGUGCGUGGUACGUUCGAGCAGAACUACAUCGCGUACGUGAUGAGCUAUGCGGGGUGUAUGGGACCGGCCAAGCGGCUAAACGUUGCCUGUGACGAUGACUUCCGGCUCGAGUUUGACCAAUCGUCGGGAGCGGCUGGUACGCACCCGGCGGCCAUCAUCAGUAUUGCGCUAGUCAGCGUGGCGUCCGUUUUGAGGCAUUUGUUUUAAAUCUCGUGGCGUCGUUGCGUCGUGAUCCCCCUCAUGUACGACGCUCUGUUGUAUCAUUUUGUUAUGUGGGUUAAGUGCUAGAAAUAGAGAUUGAAGUAGAAAUGGCGAGACAUUUCAAUGUACAGUA